CUUGAACUCACACCGCUACGCUACCUCGCCACACUAGUACUUGAACUCAAACCAGCACUGACAUCGUCACCACCACCGGCGGCACUUCCACAUGGACUCCUACAGACUGCAAGGGGGUUCGCCCUCGGGUCGAGACUUCUAUCCGCAGGAUAUCACUAGCACACAAGCUGGGUUUCUGGGAGUUGCGAUUGUGCUUUACUGCUUUUGCUUUGCCUACGGUGUGCACCGGAUAUUCAACUCUGUCAAUGGACUCCUCAGAAUGCACACAAACACGGUCUAAGCUUUCCCAAUUCCAACGCGUUCAUUUGAUUUGUGAAUAUUUCUCUAUUUCCUUGGAGGCUUCCGUUUCUUGUUGUUCGUUGGCAGCCCACUCAAGGUUCUACGGCCUCCAAACUGACCGGCAACAGGAGAGUCGUUUGCUGGACUUGUUAGGACGCCUGUACGGCAGGGCAGUUCCUGUUGUAGUUCUUUCCUGUGUUUUAUAUUCUUCGUACUUCUCUGGGCUUCGCGCAAGGGCACUGGGAUUAGUCGGCCAUUUGAAAUCUGUAGCGCAAUGUGUCACGAACAAGAGGUGGGCGGAAUUGGAAUCCGGCACACAGCUCGGACAUUCGGCUACUGAAUUCUC